AUGGGUUUUCGGCACCGCGACUAUUCCGAUCAUGUGUGUCUUCUUAAGAAAUCUCUUUACGGACUUAAACAAGCACCAUGGGCAUGGUACCAACGAUUUAUGGAUUUUGUUACUUCUAUAGGUUUCUUGCAGAAUCGAUGUGAUAACUCUCUCUUCACAUGUCAUCACGGGGGUGACAUUGCAUACUUAUUGAUCUAUGUCGAUGAUAUUAUCCUAACUACUUCCUUCGACACGCUCCGAAUGAGAUUAAUGGGCAGCCUCGCGGCUGAAUUUGCAAUGAAAGAUCUUGGACCUCUUAGUUACUUCUUGGGUAUUACGGUAUCUCGCACUGGUAACAACAUGUUUUUGUCUCAACAAUCUUAUGCCUUGGAUAUUGUCCACCGUGCAGGUAUGUCCACCUGUAACCCAGUCGCUACACCUGUUGAUACUAAGCCAAAACUUGGUGCUACAACAAGUACUCCAUUCGACAACCCCACGUUAUACCGAAGCCUUGCGGGCGCACUUCAGUACCUGACGUUUACUCGGCCCGAUAUUAGUUAUGCGGUUCAACAAAUCUGUAUUCACAUGCAUAAUCCUAGCACGGAUCACUGGCAGGCGUUGAAGCGUAUUAUUCGGUAUAUUCGCGGCACGGCAGACUAUGGUCUCACGCUCUCCUCGUGCUCGGACGUUUCUCUCCGGGCUUACACAGACGCUGAUUGGGCAGGUUGCCCGGAUACUCGUCGCUCUACUUCUGGAUAUUGUGUUUACAUGGGGCAAAAUCUUUUAUCUUGGUCUUCUAAGCGGCAAUCGACCAUUUCUCGUUCCAGUGCUGAAGCAGAAUACCGAGCAGUCGCCAAUGUCGUUGCUGAAGUUUGCUGGCUUCGUAACCUCCUUCUCGAGUUACGUCGCCCCCUCUCCACCGCCACUUUAGUAUAUUGCGACAAUAUAAGUGCUAUCUACUUAUCUAGUAAUCCGGUUCAGCAUCAACGUACCAAGCACAUAGAACUUGAUAUUCAUUUUGUGCGCGAACAUGUUCAACGUGGUACUAUACGGAUACUUCACACGCCUACUCGUUUACAGAUUGCUGACAUCUUCAACAAAGGCUUACCUCGAGUAUUAUUUGAUGAUUUCCGCUCCAGUCUCAACAUUCGCCCACCUCUUGCUUCGACUGCGGGGGUGUAA